GAGAGAGAGAGAGAGAGAAAGAGAGAGAGAGAGAGAGAGCAAUGGCCUAUUGAUUGGGUGAAGAAUCAGACAUGCCCAUCUUCACAUUUUGCUCAAAUUCACUCUCCAUUUGAGCAGAAACGUGUCUCUUACAGUCCCUGAUUUUUUUUUAAAGAUCUGUUCAUAAACCCAUAAAUUUAUAAACGUUUUUACAUUGUAAUCCUCUGUUUCUUGGAGAGAAAUGGAGGCAAGUGUUGGAAUGCUGGCUGGAUCUCACAAGAGGAACGAGUUUGUUCGAAUUCGGCACGAUUCGGAUAGUGGGCCCAAGCCGAUGAAGCAUUUGAAUGGACAGAUAUGUCAGAUUUGUGGAGAUACUGUUGGAUUUACUGCUACCGGUGAUGUAUUUGUUGCCUGCAAUGAGUGUGCCUUCCCAGUUUGCCGGCCUUGCUAUGAGUAUGAGCGGAAAGAUGGAAAUCAGUCCUGUCCCCAGUGCAAGACUAGAUACAAAAGACAGAAAGGAAGUCCUCGAGUUGAAGGUGAUGAUGAUGAAGAUGAUGUUGAUGACCUGGAGAAUGAGUUUAAUUAUGCUCAAGGAAACAGCAAAGCCAGACGCCAGUGGCAGGGAGAAGAUGCUGACCUCUCUUCAUCCUCUAGGCAUGAAUCUCAGCAACCGAUUCCCCUUCUUACAAAUGGGCAGCCAGUAUCUGGCGAAAUUCCCAUUGCUACACCAGACACGCAAUCUGUACGAAGUACCUCAGGUCCUUUGGGCCCUAGCGACAAGCAUGUUCACUCACUUCAAUAUAUCGAUCCAAGGCAGCCAGUUCCUGUGAGAAUUGUGGAUCCUUCAAAAGAUUUGAAUUCUUAUGGCCUUGGCAAUGUGGACUGGAAGGAAAGGGUAGAAGGUUGGAAAAUGAAACAGGAGAAAAAUAUGAUGCAAAUGACCAACAGAAACAGUGAAGGGAAAGGAGACAUUGAAGGCACAGGGUCAAAUGGAGAAGAAUUGCAAAUGGCUGAUGAUGCUCGCCAACCUUUGAGCCGUGUGGUGCCUAUUUCUUCUUCCCACCUAACCCCUUAUCGUGUAAUAAUCAUACUUCGGUUGAUUAUCUUGGGCUUUUUCUUGCAAUACCGGUGUACUCAUCCAGUGAAUGAUGCUUAUCCCUUGUGGCUGACAUCAGUAAUUUGUGAGGUUUGGUUUGCAUUCUCGUGGCUUCUGGAUCAGUUUCCAAAGUGGUUUCCCAUCAAUCGCGAGACCUAUCUGGACAGGCUUGCGUUAAGAUAUGAUAGGGAAGGUGAGCCUUCUCAGUUAGCACCGAUUGAUGUAUUUGUCAGUACAGUGGAUCCCCUGAAAGAGCCUCCUCUGGUUACUGCCAACACUGUAUUGUCCAUCCUUGCCGUGGAUUACCCUGUCGACAAAGUCUCAUGUUAUGUUUCAGAUGAUGGUUCAGCAAUGUUAACUUUUGAAGCCCUCUCUGAGACGGCAGAGUUUGCAAGGAAAUGGGUGCCCUUCUGCAAGAAGCACAACAUUGAGCCUAGAGCCCCUGAAUUCUAUUUUGCUCAGAAGAUAGAUUAUCUGAAGGACAAGAUACAGCCUUCUUUUGUGAAAGAGCGCAGGGCCAUGAAGAGAGAAUACGAAGAAUUCAAGGUACGAAUCAAUGCACUUGUUGCUAAAGCACAAAAGAUGCCUGAAGAGGGCUGGACGAUGCAAGAUGGAACUCCUUGGCCCGGAAAUAACCCAAGGGAUCAUCCAGGAAUGAUCCAGGUGUUCUUAGGGCAUAGUGGGGGCCUUGAUACAGAUGGGAAUGAGCUACCACGCCUUGUUUAUGUUUCUCGUGAAAAGCGUCCAGGCUUCCAACAUCACAAAAAAGCUGGAGCUAUGAAUGCUUUGAUUCGAGUUUCUGCCGUCCUUACCAAUGGUGCAUAUCUUUUGAAUGUCGAUUGUGAUCACUACUUUAAUAACAGUAAAGCUCUUAAAGAAGCUAUGUGUUUUUUGAUGGAUCCUGCCCUUGGAAGGAAAACUUGUUAUGUUCAGUUCCCCCAACGGUUUGAUGGCAUUGACUUGCAUGAUCGAUAUGCAAAUCGCAAUAUUGUCUUCUUUGAUAUCAACAUGAAAGGGCAGGAUGGCAUUCAGGGUCCAGUCUACGUGGGAACUGGAUGUUGUUUCAACAGGCAAGCUCUGUAUGGGUAUGAUCCAGUCUUAACGGAGGCAGAUUUGGAACCAAACAUUAUUGUCAAGAGUUGUUGUGGCUCAAGGAAAAAGGGAAGGAAUGGCAACAAGAAGUACAUUGAUAAGAAGAGAGCAAUUAAAAGAACUGAAUCCACCAUUCCCAUUUUCAAUAUGGAAGAUAUUGAUGAGGGUGUCGAAGGAUAUGAUGAUGAGAAGUCGCUUCUUAUGUCUCAGAAGAGCUUAGAAAAGCGGUUUGGUCAAUCUCCGGUGUUUAUUGCUGCCACCUUCAUGGAGCAGGGAGGGAUUCCACCAACAACUAAUCCUGCAACUCUUUUAAAAGAAGCAAUCCACGUUAUUAGCUGUGGAUAUGAGGACAAGACUGAGUGGGGCAAAGAGAUCGGUUGGAUCUACGGUUCUGUGACUGAAGAUAUUUUGACUGGGUUUAAGAUGCACGCACGGGGAUGGAUAUCAAUCUAUUGCAUGCCUCCCCGUCCAGCAUUUAAGGGGUCUGCUCCCAUCAAUCUUUCUGAUCGUUUGAACCAGGUCCUUCGAUGGGCUUUGGGAUCAAUUGAAAUUCUUCUGAGCAGGCAUUGCCCAAUAUGGUAUGGCUACACUGGAAGACUGAAGCUUUUGGAGAGGAUCGCAUACAUUAACACCAUUGUCUAUCCCCUCACCUCUAUUCCACUGCUUGCUUACUGCAUACUUCCUGCUAUCUGUCUUCUUACUGGAAAGUUUAUCAUUCCUCAGAUAAGCAACUUUGCUAGUAUGUGGUUUAUUCUUCUCUUCAUCUCUAUUUUUGCUACCGGCAUACUGGAGCUUAGGUGGAGUGGUGUGGGUAUUGAAGACUGGUGGCGAAAUGAACAGUUCUGGGUCAUUGGUGGCACAUCAGCCCAUCUGUUUGCCGUCUUCCAAGGUCUAUUGAAAGUGCUUGCCGGGAUUGAUACCAACUUCACCGUCACUUCAAAGGCAUCUGAUGAGGAUGGAGAGUUUUCGGAGCUUUAUGUAUUCAAGUGGACAUCUCUUCUCAUCCCUCCAACCACAGUCCUUAUUUUGAACUUGGUAGGUAUGGUGGCUGGUGUUUCCUAUGCCAUAAACAGUGGAUACCAGUCAUGGGGUCCUCUGUUCGGCAGGUUGUUCUUCGCCCUUUGGGUUGUUGUCCACCUAUAUCCCUUCCUCAAAGGUUUGUUAGGCCGGCAAAAUCGUACCCCUACCAUUGUCAUUGUCUGGUCUGUUCUCCUUGCUUCUAUAUUCUCCCUUCUAUGGGUUCGAAUUGAUCCCUUUACCUCAGCCUCCACAAAAGCUGCUUCAAAUGGUCAAUGUGGCAUCAACUGCUAGAUCAUUUGGACAUCAUGUUGAGGUAAGCUCUUCCCCACUUCUGAUGCUUGCCCUUGUGUAAAUAGACAAGAAAUUCAGGUUUCAAAAUCACAUACAGGGUUUAAGUCAUGUUGUACUAUGUUCUGUGUCUGAAGGAGGGGAGUAGUACAUGAAAACUCGAGAGAUCUCUUUCUUUUGUUCCUUCAUUUUGUUUGUAUACUUUUGUUGGGUGUCAUGGUAAAGUGUUCACAUGGGUUCUUAAUAGAAUAGGUAUGUGAACUGUGGCUUCAUUUUGUUGUUAUUGUGCUGUACUGUGAUGAUUUAUUGUCAAUGACAUGUAUGGAACCAUUCAUGGACGCUUUAUUAAUUUCAGAAACAGUGAAAUAAAUUAU